AUGACGGACAACGGAUCAGGCAGUGGCCUGGCGGCGGUCGCCUUCGACAUCGACGGCGUCUUCAAGUACGGCCGCGAGUGGUCUCCCGACGGCUACUCCGCGCUGCAGCGGCUGGCCGCCGCCAACAUCCCGCACGUGUUUGUCACCAACGGCGGAGGCGGCCUGACCGAGAAGUCGUACGCGAGCGGCUUUGCGGCAAAGGUGACGGGCGCCGCAUCCAACGCGAGCGACCCGGCGCCGCUCAUGUCGGACGAGAACAUGAUCCUCUCCUACUCGCCCUGGAAGCGCGCGCUCGGUGCCGAGCUCGCGAAUCGGCGUGUGCUGCUGGUGGGUGACCCGUACGACAAGGUGACGCAGGUGGCCGAGUCGUACGGGCUGAGGCGGGCGGUGCACUACCAGGAUUACGCGCGCCGCCACUCGACGCUCAACCCCUUCCGCCAAGCCAAGGAGGACGGCGGCUCGCACACUGCGGUCGACAACAAGACCACCGGCGCGAUGGGGUCGGCGCAGCGCUCGCAGCAGCCGCCCGCCGCCGACGCGGACGACACUGACCCCUUUGCGGCGGCAAUCAGCGAGUACGACCCGUCGGCGGCGGGGGGGGCGCGUGCCGAGCGCUUCUACAUGGUCGGCGACAACCCGGCGUCGGACAUCGAGGGGGUGCGGCGCGCAAACAUCUUCCACAAGGCCAAGGGCAACGACACGGCGUGGAAGGGCGUGCUCGUCAAGACGGGCGUCUACAAGGACGGCGACGAGACGAACGGCGCGACCACCGUGGUGGCGGGCGUCGCCGAGGCGGUCGACUGGAUCCUGGCGUGCGAGCGCGAGCACGCAAAGUGAGGCGAGGGGGGGGGGGGGGGAUUGCUUGGGGGGUUGGGCGUGGCACGGGUGCGGCCGCUAAGGUUCGUCGACGCUCGACGGGUUUGCACGCUACGCGAGCGGCAUGCAGCUCUCGCGCGCCGACGCGCCGUCCGCCGAUCAAGCGCCACGGCUCUCUCUCGUCUCUCGAUCAAGGUUAUUUUGAUAUUUUGUCGUCCUGGAGUAAAGCCGUCGAGAGACUAGAGUGUGCGAUUUUCUUUUAUUAUUUUCUACUCUUAUAUUUGCGCCAAG